AUGGGCAAGACCUCGACCCAAUCUCGCCUGAGUCUUCCUGGCCGCUAUGCCUGGGCGGCGGCGGAAUUGGUCGGGCCGCUUAAUCUGCUCUACAUUCUCUACACUCUGCCGGCGAGACUCAGACCACAGCCACAGGCAGCGACGAGCUUCUUAGGCACCGGCCUGCCUGCUCAGAACGAGAUAUUGGCGUGCUUGUAUCUCCUCCACUACGUCAACCGCGCCCUUGUCAGUCCGCUCUACCUGAACCCGAGCAUGUCACCCAUCCAUCCAUUCGUUACCAUGUUUAUGAGCGUCUUUCAGUACACCAACUCGACCAAUAUUGCCUGCUGGCUCGUGUACUCGACAAUGAAUGCCAACACGGAGAGUCGGCCCAUCCUCUCUUUCGGUUCGGUCAUUGGGGUCUUGAGCUUUUUGCUAGGCCUGGCGGGCAACAUCUGGACAGAGACGAGGCUAUACGAGCUACGGCGUGGAGCAGCCAAGAGAAAAGCAAAGUCCGAGGGCAAAGCGACGGUUAGCUACGACAAGGUAUAUGUGAUCCCACCCGCUGAAGGGGCAUUCAAGUAUAUCUUACACCCACAUUACGUCCUGGAGUGGCUCGAAUGGACGGGCUACUGGUGGCUUGGAGGGGUAUGGGGAUUGGGAUGGGGUGGACAGAGUGCUGCCCUGUGGUUUGUGGUUUGCGAGAUCGUGACCAUGCUACCUCGAGCAGUGACUGGGCGACAGUGGUAUGAAGACAAGUUUGGCAAAAGGGCUGUUGGAGGGCGUGCGGGAGCCGUCCCUGGGCCCAUCAGGCUGUGA